GGUAUGUGCUAGCCACAUGCGAAACCAGGAGGAUUGCCUGUGGUUUUGAACCACGUCGGCCUCACCAUUAAACCCCUGCAGCUCGUUGCAGCCUAUGCCCCCGAGGUCACUUAUGUUGUACUGCGCAUGGGUGUUAACUCCUCCUUUAGCUUCACACGUGAAUCCCGAGUCCGCUUUAACGAAGUUGGAAGAAGGGGAGACUAUUGGAUUAAGGGAUAUUUCGAAACAGGAGCGGGAAGUGCUGGGGGAUUAUCGACCUCCGUGUCUAGAGGCUAUGGGACUCGAAUUAGCCAUCCUUUCGUCUGAAGCUUAACCAGGGCGAGGCUUGGAACUCGAGCCAUAUGUGCCC